AUGAUAAGCAAGCGGAAGCGCGACGCUUUCUCAACGCAUGAGAAACUGGUGCAUAAGAGCUGUACGCUGCUGCAGCGCGAGGCAAAAAAGGAUGCGGUAAAGCAACAAAAGCGCGAAUGCAAAUUACGUCACAGUAUUGAGCGGCUUGAACGCGAGCACCUGACACUUAAAAUGAUGGACCUCGCUAAGUUUGUGACUAAGGCCAAGCUGCAGACUGGGCUUGUCAAGCCGCAGCCUCCAAGAAUCGAGCAUGGAAGUGAAUUGCUGGAGGAUGACAGCAACGAGGAGAGCAUUAGACAGAAUAUGCAGGUCGUGAACAAGAAUAUUAAAGAUAUAGAAGUGAAUAUGGUGAAAGGUGCUGAUCACGUGAAGAUACCGUCAGAUAGGGAGGAGAAGCUGACAGAUGGCAAGUUGGAUACAGAAUUGGAAAAAAAGCUGAUUGAACGUUUGCUGGCGCACAAAAAGAUUAUGCCACUUCUUGACGCAAUCAGAAAGCUGGUGGAAAAAAGUGAAAAAGAUGCUGACAAGAAGCGGCGUGCGCAAGAGAAGCGGGCGCUGAAGCGCGGUCGGCACGAGUCAUUGGUUGGGAAUACAGGACGUAGUGGUGCAGUCCCGACUUCUUUAUUCUUAGGCUCUCUGUCAGGACGUGGAGAGAUGGACGCUAGCGAAGAAAUGAGCGCGGAUGGUUAUGGAGCAAUGGCUAGCGCGGACGAUGACAUUGCUGAGUUUUUAGGUUUGAAAGAUGUAGAGCCGCAAAGUCAGCGCCUCAUCUCUGCGUCUUCUGUUGAUGUAGCACACCCGUCGUGGCUCGCAAAGCAGAUGCAGAAAGAAAAAGAGAAGAUUAGUUUUACUGCUUUUACUGGCAAGAAGAUCACAUUUUAA